AUGGGACCAGAUGAAAAUUUUGUACAAGAAAAAUUAAUCGAAGCAUGGAAACUACGUUCAGACGAAACAAGUUUUUCGGCAUCUCUUUCACCAUUAGUUGCUGAAUGUCGAUCAGAGGAAGAAUUCCGAACAUUAUUUACAAAACAAAUUCUUGAACAUAUUGAUUCAGCAAUUUCAUCGAAUCUUAUUCAAUCGUAUUUUAAAUUUCAUACAAGAGCUGGCUAUGUUAAUGAAUCAUUAGUGAUAGAACGUCUUCUUACACUAAAACCAUCAUCAUCGUCGAUAGUAGAUGAUAUUCAGAUAAAAUUUUUACUCGAAUUAUUAUCAGAUAUAUUUAAAACAAAGCAUAUCACUGCUGAACAAGCAUCUCAUCUUGGUAAACAAAUCAAUUUACUUGCAAAAUGGCUUUGUUCAGCAUUAUUGAUUUAUUCAAAUGAAGAAAUGACACUAUCUAGAAAAGAAAUGCUGACGGUAGUUUCAAAAUUAUUUCUUCAAUUUUUUACAAACACAUCUUAUUAUUGUCUUUGGCUAAUGACAAUAAAAGCACAAAAAGAACAAACAGAAUGGAGACAAUUACAAGAAGAAUUAAAUCAAGUUGCACAAAAACCAAUAAUAGAAGAUUCGACGAGACCAUAUGUUUAUGAGGAAAUCCUUUUCAAAAUAACUCGUCUUCAUCUAUCCGAAGAUUUUCAUCAAGAAGAAAUUGAAUUUAAUCCAUGUAUAUUCAAUUCCAUUAUUUCAAUGCUUGUAGUAAAUCAACUUCAUAAAUCAUCUUCAAUUCUUCUCAUAGUUCUUCGAUUUUAUGAGUGCGUUUCAACAAUGUCAAAUCCUUCAUUGCUUUAUCUACACCUUCUACAGGCAUCAUUUGGUGGUUAUGUUUCAUCAAUAUCAACAAAUAAUAGUGAAUACCAACAACGUUGGUCAGCGUAUAUAUUUUUUCAAUUACCACGUUUAUUAGCAUCAAGUAUUGAAACCCAAGUAGACAAUGUUAAACAAGCUAUAGAAAACUUUUUAUUACAUAAUGAAUAUUUACUUAAUCGAAUUGAUGAAUUGUGCGAAGAAAAUGUUCUAGAACAAAUUUUACAUACUACAUUAAAUUAUACUAAAAAUGAUGUACGAGAAAAGUAUGAAAGCAAAAUAAAUGAGUUAAUUUCCUCUAUACAGAAUAUUCGUGAACCAUAUGUUAAACGAAUUCAAGAAUAUUAUCGUAAUCAACAAACACAUUCAUAUUCAUUUCAAAUCCUUCAGUUACAACGUUCUCUCGAACAGUCAUUAUAUAAAAUAUUUUUAGUAGAUUCAUCAUCAAAUAAUGAAGACAAUUUACAAUUAUUAAUUAAUAAUUUAACUGACUAUAUCCCAUUAAUAUGUGCACUCGAUCAAUAUUAUUCAUUUGUUCGUUUGCUUCUAUCGUAUACAGAAACACAAUUUGAUCUUGCAUUAUUAAUACUUUGUUAUUUAACAUCUAUAACUGACGAUAUAUCUGAAGAUUUUGGUCAUUUAGAUCUUAAGUAUGAAAAAUCAUCAAUAUCGUACAUUAUUUAUAUUUGGUUAAAAAAAUAUUGGUUAUCACGUCAUAUUGGUCAUGCAUUAUUUUCAUCGUCACUCGAUUCUAUUGAAUUAAUGUCACCAAUAACUAAUCUAUUGGGUGAUAUGUCAUCAAAGGAAAAAGGAGAAUUUUUAAAUGAAAUUAGAACAUCAAAUAAUCGAAAUAUCCAAAGAAAAUAUACGGAUACUGAAUAUUUAUUUAAAACAAUUUAUUCACUUGGAGAACUCCCAUCAUUAUCAUUAGAUGAAACAAAACAAAGUAUCUCAGCAUUAAUUAUACAUUUAACACAAGUUUCAUAUGGUACAUUAGUACAUGUCCUUCUAUGGCUUAUUGCUAAUUAUCAAAUUUCCAAUGAUGAUGAGAGAAUUUGGAUUCAAAAAAUGAUACAUACUAUGGGUACAUCUGCUGAUUCAACAUCAACCAUUCAUUCAUUGUUUGAUGCGAUAAAACGCCAAUUAUGGUCAGAUUUUAUUGAUAAUCCAAUACUACCAUAUCAUACGCUUCUUCCUCCAAUAUCCUCAUCAUCAAUAGUUAACUAUUAUACGCCAUCAUCUCCUCAAACAGGAACAGCAACAGCAAUAAUUCUAACUUUAUUUGAUGCAUAUCUAACAAAUGAGUUUCUUGAUUGUGAACAAGCACGUGGUUUAUAUAUUUGUUCAAAACAUGUUCCGAUUCACUUGAUGCUAACACGUUUAUUAACAAAUAUAAAUACAUCUAAUGGUAUAUAUGAAACACGUCGUGCGCUCUAUUUUAUAUUUGGUUUUACAUUAUUUCGACGGCGUUCAUCAACACGAUGUCUUCUACAAUAUGUUUUACCCUAUUUAAUAAAUAUAAAAUCUAAUGAAUUUAUGCUUGAACCAAAUGUCUAUAGUAUGUGUGUAUUACUAAAUAUAUUAUUGGUACUUGAGCUAAAUACAAACAAUGAUGAAUUAGGCGAUUUAUUUCGUGUUAAAUCAUGGAAAAAAAUGUAUCAAACUAUAGAUUCAAUGUCAUUUGAUACAAUUGAAGAUAAUUACAAUGAUCUUAUGCCAAAAUAUGAAGAAACAAGUGUUUUAGAUGCUUUCCAUGAAUUUUUAGAUUCUUCAUCAAAAGAACUUUUUUCAGGUGAUAGUGUUCGACCAGUUAAUUAUUUUCUUGGAUGGUUACAAACUAUUCUUUGGAUGUUUAGUCGAAAAAAUAAGUCACUGAAACAAUUUAUUAAGCCAAAGCUAAUCGCACAAUUAUCAGAAUAUUUACCAUUACAAUUUCCAAUUGAAAAAGUUUUGAGUAUAUUAGAUCUAUCAAAUAAUAUUGAACUUGAAUAUGCUUCGAUGGCUAUUACACGUGAUUAUACACGUUUGCAAACAUUCACUAAACGAAUGACUUUAAGUCUAAUACAUAAUCAACAAACAGUCCAUAAUGAUAAUAAUGUAACAGCACCGGUGACUAUAACAAAAACUAUUUAUACAAUACCGAAAAAUCUUUAA